AUGGAGCACGAGCACGCAAUCAGUUUAACAGGACGCGCCAUGAAGAAGUCGCUUCCAGAUCGCGCUAUUGUGACAAAAGAUGCGCGGAAAACAAUUAAUUCGGCUACAAGCGUGUUUACGCUAUAUAUAGCGUCCAUUGCACACGAGAUAUCGGUAGCUAACAAGCGCAGUACUAUUACAUUACAUGACGUACUACAAGCACUUUGUGAUGCGGAUUUUGAGCAUUUUAUUGAGCCAAUUGAGGCGUGUGUGCAAGAGGCAAAGGUUGUGGCGACGAGAAAGAAGUAUCAGAAGGAUGUAGAUGAUAAGAGGGAAGAAACCGAGGUGACAAGUGAAGUUACAGAGCAGUUUGAGGAAGUAGCCAUUGAUACGAAUGAGGAGGAUGCUGAUGGAGAUAAAGAUGAAGACAUGAUGUCAGCGGACGAGUCGUUGGAUGCUAAUGGGAAAGACAGAAAUGCAAAUGUGAACGCGGAGGUGCAAGAUUCUGUGGACGUAUCCAUGCAAGAUGAAGUCAGGGCAGAGCCUUGCAACCAUAGUGCACAAAAAGGGAAGAUAGAACAUGAUGACUUGGUAGAUGCAAUGGAGUGA